AUGUUACAAAAUAUUGCAAUAAUUCCAUCAGGUAGUUCAUUUUGUUGGACUCGUUUACUUCCUUCUAGCACUGGGAAGUAUUCCCUCGUAUCAUUUAUCCCAAAGUUCCUAUUCGAGCAGUUCAGGAAGUAUGCAAAUAUUUUCUUUCUCUUAGUUGCCCUCUUCCAGCAAAUUCCUGGUGUCUCUCCGACUGGCCGAUUUACUACAGUUGUUCCGCUAACUUUUAUCCUCUGUGUUUCUGCGGUUAAAGAGAUUAUUGAAGACUAUGCACGUCAUUCUGCCGACAAGGCCACAAAUAACUCCCAAACUCACGUAUUGAAGAAUGGCUGCUGGGAAACGACGUUGUGGAAGGAUGUGCAGGUUGGAGAUGUGGUCAAGCUUUCUAGCAAUUCUGCUAUACCUGCUGACGUCGUAAUCCUCUCAACAAGCGAACCAAUGUCAAUGUGCUACAUUGAGACCUCGAACUUGGAUGGUGAAACAAGCCUAAAGCUUCGCCAGGGCAUAACCGCCACUGCGCAUCUGCUUACAAUUGAGUCUCUUAGAAAGGCAAGGCUGCGCAUCGAAUGUGAACAACCGACGAGGUCAUUGGAGGAGUUUGUCGGAACUCUCUAUGAUGAACACAACGUGGGCUACCCAUUGGACAGCAGCCAAAUGCUUCUUCGUGGAGCCACAUUGAAAAACACAAAUUGGGUUUUCGGGGCCGUGGUCUACACUGGAAAGGAGUCCAAAGUUAUGCUCAAUUCAACAGCAGCUCCUUUGAAAAGGUCCUCCGUUGAUAAACAGACCAACUAUUACAUUUUGGUGCUGUUUGGUCUGCUGAUCUUUCUAACGAUUUUCAUGGCCAUCGCUAAUUUCAUUUGGACAAAAGUCUGCGGUGAACAAAUGUGGUACCUUGCAGGAGCUGAACUGUCUGUCAAAAGCGCAGGCUUUAUGUGCAUCACCGCUUUCAUCAUCUUCCAUACCAUCAUUCCAAUUAGCCUCCAAGUCACCCUUGAGGUGGUCCGUUUCGUCCAGGCUCUCUUCAUUAAUUGGGAUUUGGACAUGUACGACGCGAAAACGGACACACCGGCCAUGGCGCGGACGUCCAAUCUCAACGAAGACUUGGGCCAAGUUAAGCACAUUUUCUCCGACAAGACUGGCACUCUGACUCAAAAUGUGAUGGAAUUUAAAAUGUGCUCAAUCGGCCGGAAGGCGUAUGGACUCAACGAACCCGACUCGUCUGCCCUCCACGACUGGAAGCUCCUCAGCAAGGUGGCGGAUGGCGAUCGUGAUGUUGACUGGUUCUUCACCAUCCUCGCAGUCUGCCACACCGUCAUCCCAGAGUACGUCAACGUGGACAUCGACAAGAACGAUAUUCGCUAUCAGGCCACCUCACCAGACGAAUGUGCUCUCGUCUCAGCGGCCAAGGCGGUGGGCUACGUCUUUUGCGAACGACAGCCUGAAUACGUGAAAAUUCGCGUGAAAGACGAGGAGAUCCAGUUUAAGUUGUUGCACGUCAUUGAGUUCACCAGCCUGCGGAAGCGUAUGAGUGUCAUCGUUGAAGACGCCAAGGGCAAACUCUUUCUCCUCGUGAAGGGGGCAGUAAGUCAGCGUCUGCAGAAAGAGGGGACGCGGUGUGGAACCAUUCUGACGAUUGUGGAAGUCCGUGUUGACUUGCGCGGGGCGCUCAUCUGCACACGCCUAUUGGACUAUGAACCCGCGAGCCGUAGCAACGGUUUCAUGUUGUGCCAAAGGCCUUCAGCAGAGAAGCUCCUGACCAGUUUUACACGGACUUCUCCAAUCGUUAGAACGCCUCCACGCCACCUCCUCCUCCUUCUCUUCAUUUUCAGUUUUAGUGUUAAUCUGACGCGGAUGGUAUUAUUGUCAGCAAACCGGGGGCGCACCGUGUCUGCGUGGCUCGUUGAUACCGUCAUCUACGAACGCCUGUCGCCUGACUCACGGUUCACAAAGGAGACUCUUUCGCACAUGGACGAGUUCGCGAGGAUAGGUCUGCGAACGCUGUGUAUAGCCUUUCGUCGACUCGACCGCAGCUUCUACGAGCAAUGGGCAGCCAAGUACUACAAGGCUAGCAUUGCCAUCACCGAUAGAAGCGAGUUGCUGGACGAAACCUAUGAAAUGAUUGAACAGGUGAGUCGUGCGCGCCCAACACGACGACGCUUGCCCCAGCUCUGUCACCUCAACAAGCCACCACCCCUCCCCUCCCCUACCCAUUUUGUGUUAAAGGACCUCGAUUUGGUUGGAGCCACAGCCAUUGAGGACAAACUGCAGGACGAGGUGCCCCAAACCAUCGCAAACAUGCUCGCAGCCGGCAUCUCCGUGUGGGUGCUCACUGGUGACAAACAGGAGACUGCCAUCAACAUCGGUCUUUCGUGUCGCCUAAUUAACCCCGAGCAAACUCAGCUGAUUAUAAAUGGCACAAACCUGGACGUCAUCCGGGAUCAGCUGUUUGAAUGCAGCUCUCAGCUGAAGAAUGAGAUUGCCGUGGGACGCGAGGUCGCUUUAAUUGUCACUGGAAAGGCCCUCGAGUCGCUGCUAACCGUGCAAUGCCAAAAGGAAUUCUUCGAAAUCGCCCACAAAAGCUCCUCGGUCAUUUGUUGCCGCGUGAGUCCGUGGCAAAAGGCCGAGGUUGUUCGUUUGGCCAAGGCCUUCACAAAACACAUCACCCUUGCUAUCGGCGACGGCGCAAACGACGUCGGCAUGAUUCAGGCUGCAGACAUCGGCGUUGGGAUUUUCGGUGUUGAGGGCAGACAGGCCGCGUGCUCCUCCGACUACGCCAUAGCCCAGUUCCGUUUUCUGAACAAACUCCUGCUGGUGCACGGGGCUUGGAGUUUCAAUCGGAUCACCAAGGUGAUCCUCUACUCCUUCUACAAAAACAUCUGCCUCUACGUCAUCCAGUUUUGGUUCGGCAUAGUCAGCGGCUUCUCCGGCCAAAUCAUCUUCGACCGAUGGACUAUGGCGCUGUAUAAUGUGGCCUUCAGUGCCGCACCGCCGUUCGCCCUGGGACUCUUUGAACGCAACAUGAGUUCCAGGAAUUGCCUCAGACUGCCCGUCUUGUACAAGGAGACCCAGAGGUCAAGCACGUUUGACAAAGUGACUUUCCUGAUGUGGAUUCUCAACGGGAUCUUUCACUCGAUUAUUCUCUUCUGGAUUCCACUCCUCGCCUUUCAAUCUGAUAUCGUCUACUCAAGCGGGAAAACUGCCAACAUCCUUGUCGUUGGCAACACCAUCUACACCUGUGUCGUGAUCACAGUGUGUUUGAAGGCGGGCCUCGAGCACACCGCGUGGACAAUCUUUUCACACCUAGCCAUCUGGGGGACAAUCGGUCUCUGGUUUGCCUUCCUCACCGCCUACUCCCACGUCUACCCCACUAUCCCUGUUGGCCCAGACAUGGUCGGAAUGGACACCGCUUGCUUCAGCAGCCCCGUCUUCUGGCUGUUGCUUAUCCUGGUACCGGUGGUCGCUCUUACGCGAGACUUCGUCUGGAAGAUAAUAAGACGGACCUACUCGUUGACGAUGCGAGAGCAGGUCAUGCUCUGUGAGCAGAUUGGCGUCGAACCGGAGCCCUUCUUGCAAAUGUUCCAGCCUCGCAGGGUUCGAGGCCUCCGAUUGUUCCGACGCCAAAACUUCGUCUCCCCGGCGUCGAAUGCCAGUCUUCUUAGUCACCGAGGGGAUCACGGGUACGCCUUCAGUCAGGUGGAGCAUGGCCGAUUCACCCAGACGGACAUCGUGCGGGCCUACCACUCGACCGAGGCAAAGCCGAUGGGAAACUAG